AUGAAGAAAAUCAUCAGCAACAACAACAACAACAACAAAAUCAAGACAAGCAAAGGUCGGCAAAAGAUCGAAAUAAAGGAGCUACAAAACAAGAACGCAAGACAAGUCACCUUCUCCAAACGCCGCACCGGUCUUUUCAAGAAAGCCAGCGAGUUGUGUGUUCUCUGCGGCGCCGAGAUCGCCAUAAUCGCUUUCUCCCCCAACGACAAGCCCUUCACGUUCGGCCAUCCCAAUGUUGACUCUAUCGUAGACCGCUACCUCGCCGACAACAACCACACCGAUGAUGAUUAUAACCAGUCGGAGGGCCAAGAAAUUAGUGAGACGAUGACCCUUGAUCCGUCUCUUCAAGAACUGAACAGAGAGUAUGAAGAGGCGAUGGAAGAGUUGAAGGAGGAAAAGAAGCGGGCGAAGAAGAUAGAGGAGGUGAAGAAAGAGAGUGGCGAAGGGUUUUGGUGGGAUGAGAGUGUUGAUGGACUAGAGUUAGAUGAGCUUGAGGAAUACGUGAAGGCAUUAGAGGAGUUGAGGAAGAAAGUGAUAAACAGAGGUAAAGAGCUAGUGAUGAUGGAGGAUAUGGCGGUGGCAGGGAUAGGGAGUAGUACGGAUGUUGUUGUUGAUCACCAGCAGAUGAGCACUGGUUGCGGGAGCAGCAGUGUUAUUGAUGAUGGCUGCAGUAAUAAUGGUGGUUUUCAUGGAUUUAGUUUUGGUUUUGGAGACAUUAUGAAAUUCUGA